CCUUAUUAAUCAGCAAAAGUCUAAUAAUUUCUUAUGUAUUUUAAUAAAAUAGAAAAUAAAAACAAUAGAAGUAGUUAGAGAUAGUUAUUUGGCAAGUGGAAGUAUUUUGGGGCAUUAAGCUGCCUGCCUAAAACUCACAGUACACAAUUUAAUAAUUCCAUCAGAUAAUAUAAUAUUGUGCUUAUUUUAGUAGGACUAAAGACUACAGUGGUGUAAUCAUCACUUUGGAACCUCUUGGCAUAAUAAGGUUUUAUGAUGCAUUUGAUUAUAUGAAUGACAAUAUUCUGUUCUGUUUUGUAUUAAAAACAGGUUAUGAAUUACAUGGAGUAGAAAAUCUACCAGACGGACCAGGCCUUAUUAUUUAUUAUCAUGCUGCACUUCCUAUAGAUUAUAUUUUCUUUCUAGCAAGGAUCUAUUCCCUGAAGAACAAACUCUGUUGCUAUACAGUGGUUGAUCAUUUUGUCUUUAAGUUGCCAGGCUUAAAAAUGCUUGGCACGAAUCUGAAAAUGAUAACGGGUUCAAAGGAAGAAUGUCUUCAUGCCCUGAAGAAUGGUGAUUGGGUGGCUAUUUCACCAGGAGGAACACGAGAAGCCAUCUUUAGUGAUGAAACCUAUAAAAUUUUAUGGGGUAAACGCACAGGUUUCGCAAAAGUUGCUUUAGAAGCAAGAGUGCCCAUAAUUCCAAUGUUUACAGAGAAUAGUCGGGAGGGGUAUAGGAUACUUGGAAGAAUAAAACCACUGAAAGUCUUGUACGAAUAUGUUCGAUGGCCACUAGUUAUUUUGUAUGGAGGGUUUCCAGUGAAAUGGCGUACACAUAUUGGACAGCCCAUACCAUAUGAUCCAAACAUAACUGUUGAAGAUCUGGUAGAAAAGGUACAAAACACUUUACAGACUUUAAUAGAAAAAUAUCAAAAACAGCCAGGAAGUAUAAGAAGAGGUCUGUUGGCACGAUUUCAUAACAAGAAAAAUGAAUAAUUGCAAUGAAAAUACUGUAUAACAAUGACAGCCUUAUCCUUAUUGUAAUUCUACAUUUUCAUGCAUUAUUGAACUAUUGCUACUCUUCUAAACUUGUAAUCAGUUAAAAUGAAACCUUUUGAUAUUAUAUACACAUUUAACUAAAUGGGCUCCUGAAACUCAUAGUUCAGCUGCUUUUGAAGUCUUCCAGCCAACAAUGCUGAAGGAGUUCAUUCUCCAUGCCUUGGGUGAAUAAUUUAUAUGAACUUUUAAUCUCACAGCUUCUAUGGCAAACAUGGGCUUGUUCCACGUGAUCUUGGACCCAACACAUAAAUAGUUGCAUAUUAUAUCUUGUCUUUCCCUUGAAGCAGAUGAGAUAUAAUCUGAAGAUGGGGGACAUUGACAUUAGUACUUGGCCAUAAUUGAAUCAUUAUCUUGUUCAUGUGCACAUUGCUGUCAUACCUAAUGUCUGCAAGAGUGCUGUACUGGUUAGGA